UUUACCAUGUGGUUGUGACAGCUCCAGCACCGAAUGGAUGAUGAUGAUGAUGUUAAUUUUCUAUUGUUGUGAGUUUCAUUCCAUUGCCUCACAUUCAUAACUUAGUUGAAAUUGAAGUGUGUGAGAAAUGACACUAGCUUCUUCUCUUCACUUCCAUUCUUCCUUUCUUACUUCACCUCUUAAAUCUUUCUCUCCCAAAACUUUACCCUCAAAUACAACUAUAAUUCAACCAAAACCCACAUUUUAUCCACGUAUUAGAGCUAUUGAACUUGAUCAAAACACGGUAGUGGCUAUAACUGUUGGUGUCUUGAGUGUUGCUGUUGGGAUUGGCAUUCCAGUCUUCUAUGAAACACAAAUUGAUAAUGCUGCCAAGCGAGAUAACACGCAGCCCUGCUUCCCAUGCAAUGGAUCUGGAGCUCAGAAAUGCAGAUUUUGUUUGGGAACUGGAAAUGUGACAGUUGAACUUGGUGGGGCCGAGAAGGAGGUCUCUCGUUGCAUAAAUUGUGACGGUGCUGGUUCACUGACAUGCACGACUUGUCAAGGAUCUGGAAUUCAACCUCGUUACCUCGACCGUAGAGAAUUCAAAGACGAUGACUGAGACAAGCUAAAAUUGGGCGGCACUGAUUUUGGAUUUAAUUGUGAUGUUAAUGUAUUCCUUCAAUUUCUUUGGUCUCUGUACACACCAAAUACAACUAUCAAAAUCAUGCUUGAUGCUUUCAUCUGGUUUACAAUUUUAACCAGUGAUAUUAGGCCACUCACUCCCUUUCAUGACCUAUCUCUAAAAUUUUGGCAUUUGUUGACAUUAUUUACCAUAAAUCUCCGGCUGUAAAGAAUGGAUUUUGUUAUGUAUAUGGUCUCAUUGAUGUUAGAUUUGUUUUUGUUUA